ACACCAUUCUUUACAUGAUUGUACCAGCAUCUAUCCUCACUCUAAAAAGUCUUAUUUCUCUCCUAAAAAGUUAAAAAAACCUCCGUUUACUUGAUGGCCUCUUCAACUCCGCCACCGCACUGUACUCUCACCACCACAAAACCUUACCAGAACCACCACUUUCACCACCUCCAAAACCGUAACUCCCCCCAUCAACACUGGGGCUCCCAGAAGGUCUACCUAAAUAACAAUAAUCCUUCUCAUACCCGAAAUGCCGGACCCAAGCCUCCUUCCGGCCCAGGCUCCACCGCCGGUCCAGGCUCCGCGUUCCCUUCCCUCUCCUCCGCUGACUUCUCCGGCCGCCGCUCUACCCGCUUUGUUUCCAAGAUGCAUUUUGGCCGCCCCAAGUCAACGGCCUCCUGCCGACACACAUCUGCCGCAGAGGAGCUCCUUCAACGGGCUCUUUUCUGCAGCGGUGAUCAUAGCUGUAUAGAUGACAUACUAUUGAGCUUUGAGCCGAAGCUUCGUGGGUCGGAUGACUAUACGUUUUUGCUCCGGGAGCUAGGGAAUAGGGGUGAGUGGUCUAUCGCCAUGCGGUGCUUUCAAUUCUCGAUCAACCGGGAAAAGAGGCGCAAUGAGAAAGGUAAAUUAGCUAGCUCAAUGAUUAGUACUCUUGGUAGAUUAGGCAAAGUUGAUUUAGCUAGGGAUGUUUUUGAAAAUGCGGUGAAUGAGGGGUAUGGGAACACUGUAUAUGCUUAUUCUGCAUUGAUCAGCGCUUACGCAAAGAGUGGGUAUUGUGAUGAGGCCAUUAGGGUCUUUGAGACCAUGAAAGACUCGGGCUUGAAGCCCAAUUUGGUGACUUUCAAUGCAUUGAUUGAUGCGUGUGGAAAAGGAGGUGCUGAUUUCAAGAGGGCUUCAAUGAUUUUUGAUGAAAUGUUGGGCAAUGGGGUGCAACCAGAUAGGAUUACUUACAAUUCGCUUCUGGCGGUUUGCAGUGGUGCAGGGCUGUGGGAGACUGCAAGGAGUUUAUUUAGUGAAAUGCUGUAUAGGGGGAUUGAUCAAGAUAUUUAUACAUAUAAUACACUUUUGGAUGCUGCGUGCAAUGGUGGGCACAUUGAUGUGGCUUUUGAGAUAAUGUCUGAGAUGCCCACCAAGAAGAUCUUGCCUAAUGAGGUAACUUAUAGCACUAUAAUUCGUGGAUGUGCCAAAGCUGGGAGACUGGAUAGGGCACUUAGUUUGUUCAGUGAGAUGAAGUUUGCGGGUAUUAAGUUGGAUAGAGUGUCUUAUAAUACCUUACUUGCUAUUUAUGCUAGCCUUGGCAGGUGCGAGGAAGCUCUGAAUAUUGGCAAGGAGAUGGAGAAUAUGGGGAUUAAGAAGGAUGUUGUCACUUACAAUGCUCUAUUGGAUGGGUUUGGUAAACAGGGGAUGUAUGACAGGGUUAAGGAACUGUUUGCAAAGAUGAAAGCUGAAAACCUUUUGCCUAACUUAUUGACUUACUCAACAUUAAUCAGUGUUUAUUCUAAAGGGGGUUUAUAUCGAGAUGCCAUAGAGGUCUACAGAGAGUUCAAGCAACGAGGCAUGAAGGCUGAUGUUGUUUUCUACAGCAAACUUAUAGAUGCGUUAUGUAAAAUGGGGUUGGUGGAAUCAUCUACAAUUCUUCUGGAUGAGAUGAUGGAGGAAGGUAUUCAACCUAAUGUUGUAACUUAUAAUUCAAUAAUAAAUGCCUUUGGUCUGUCUGUUGCUGUUGAAUAUCUAGAGUCUCAGCUGGGAUCCUCGUCACUGCCUGUUCUUGAGGAUGGUGUUCAUAAUAAAGAUAAAGAUGAAAAGGAUGAUAAAAUCAUUAAAAUUUUUAAGCAGUUGGCUCGUGGAAAAUCAGGUUGUGAAAAAUGGAAUAUGAGGGGCAAACAGGACUUCCUCUGUGUCUUGGGAGUUUUCCAGAAGAUGCAUGAGAUGGAAAUAAAGCCAAAUGUUGUCACCUUUUCAGCAAUUCUGAAUGCUUGCAGCCGCUGUAGCUCAUUUGAAGAAGCUUCACUGCUAUUAGACGAACUACGUCUCUUUGAUAAUCAGGUAUAUGGAGUUGCACAUGGACUUCUCAUGGGUUGUAAUGAGAAUGUUUGGUUUCAAGCUCUGUCCCUUUUUGAUGAGGUGAAACAAAUGGAUACUUCAACUGCUUCUGCUUUUUAUAAUGCUUUGACUGACAUGCUGUGGCAUUUUGGCCAGAAACGAGGUGCCCAACUUGUUGUUCUUGAAGGAAAACGCCGACAAGUAUGGGAAAAUACUUGGUCUGAAUCUUGCUUAGAUUUGCAUCUAAUGUCUUCGGGUGCUGCGAGGGCUAUGGUUCAUGCCUGGUUGCUUAAUAUUCGCUCUGUUGUUUUUGAAGGCCAUGAGUUACCAAAGCUUCUAAGUAUCUUGACGGGUUGGGGCAAGCACAGCAAGGUGGUGGGUGAUGGUGCACUUAAGCGGGCUAUUGAAGCUCAGCUAACCAGCAUAGGUGCACCUUUUCAGAUCGCCAAGUGUAAUAUUGGAAGGUUUAUAUCAACAGGGGCUGUGGUUGCAGCCUGGUUACGAGAAUCGGGCACGCUAAAGGUACUUGUUCUUCAGGAUGACAGAUCUAACCAAGAAGGUGCAAGGUUUAUUAUUCCCAAUUUGCAACCACUACCAAUAUAGCCGGUUGUAAAUCAUGUGGGUGUGGAUUUUGAUAUGCCUAUCUGCUGUAAAUUACUGGAAUGGCUCUUCACUGCCGUGGGUCCAUUUGGGCGCCUAUGAAUGAGUGUGUGUGCAUGCCAUGUUCUUGACAAUGCAAGUUUCGGAAGAGAAAUAGUUAAUUUAAGUCUUUAUGAAAGCCAUUAUUCGAGAGAAAAUCAUAAGCUGGAUUUUGAGCAAUUGUUGGAUGCAUUUGUUAUAACUUCUAUGUGUAAGGAGCUUCAAAUAUGUAUAAUCUUUGAGUCCAUAAUUUUUUUUUAA